CAAAUCCAAGUUGAAGGUGAAAGUCCUCUUUUCUCACGUUAUCUGUCUUCUUUACUCGCUCGUCGUCGCUACAAACUGCUGCAAUUAUGUCGGUGUUUAGUGAAGUUCCCCAAGCAGCGCCUGUGGCUGUCUUCAAGCUGUCCCAGGACUUCAAUAACGACCCAUUUCCCCAGAAGGUGAACCUCGGAGUGGGAGCUUACCGGACAGAUGAAGGCCAGCCAUGGGUUUUACCAGUGGUGAAAAAGGUGGAAAAGAUCAUUGUGCAUGAUGAUAGACUGAACCAUGAAUACCUGCCCAUCCUGGGCCUGCCUGACUUCAGAUCCUCAGCCUCCAAGAUCGCACUGGGAGAUGACAGCCCUGCUAUCCAGGAGAACAGGGUGGGGGCUGUUCAGUGCCUUGGUGGCACAGGUGCUUUGAAGAUGGGGGCAGAGUUCCUCAGACGUUUCUUCAAUGGAAACAACAACACCAAGACACCUGUCUAUGUGUCUGCACCUACCUGGGAAAAUCAUAAUGCUGUAUUUGCCAAUGCGGGCUUUGAGGAUGUCCGUCCAUACAAGUACUGGGAUGCAGAGAAGAGGGGCCUUAAUUUGGCCGGUUUCCUUGGUGACUUGGAGAGUUGUCCAGAGCGCUCAAUCUUUGUCCUGCAUGCCUGUGCCCAUAAUCCAACUGGCACAGACCCCACACAGGAGCAAUGGAAGCAGAUUGCUGAAGUUAUGAUGAGGAGGAAGCUGUUUGUGUUCUUUGACUCGGCUUAUCAGGGAUUCGCCUCAGGCAGUCUGGAAAAAGAUGCCUGGGCGGUCCGCUACUUUGUCUCCAUGGGCUUUGAGAUGUUCUGUGCCCAGUCGUUCUCCAAGAACUUCGGCCUCUACAAUGAGCGCGUGGGCAACCUGACCAUUGUGGCUCGUGAUGCGGACAACCUGAAGCGAAUUCUGUCCCAGAUGGAGAAGAUUGUCAGGACAACCUGGUCUAACCCACCGUCACAGGGUGCUCGCAUUGUUGCUGUCACUCUUAACUCACCUGAGCUCUUCGCUGAAUGGAAGGCAAACGUGAAGACCAUGGCUGACAGGGUCUUGUUGAUGAGGGCUCAGCUGAAAGCGAAGCUGCAGGAACUGGGAACACCGGGGACCUGGGACCACAUCACAGAGCAGAUUGGCAUGUUCAGUUUCACAGGCCUCAACCCCAAACAAGUGGAAUAUAUGGUGAAGGAGAAACACAUCUACUUAAUGGCCAGCGGUCGUAUCAACAUGUGUGGUUUGACCACCAAGAACAUCGACUACGUGGCUGAGUCCAUUCAUGAUGCUGUCACUCAGGUCCAGUAGAAGACAGCACUUUAUUCACAUUCCUCCUGCCCGGCACUGAGCCAUCCUGAUCCCAGGGACAGUCUAUGUAUCCAGCAGAGUUUCUGGGGCAAAGACUCUUAAGCCCUGUGGCCUCCUUUUCCCUGCUUUCAUUUUUUUGUGCUAAGCUAGGCCAAACCCAUUCUGGGCCUGUUUCUCUACUGAAAGCACAGAGCUGGUUAUAGAUAUUCAUCUUCUUAUUUAAUUUCCAUUAGACAGCGUAUAGAUUUCCGGAAAUGUUGGAAUUAUUCCUUUAAGUAAUUGUCUAUAAUUUGUGGUCCAUGUUGGUCUCUUAUUUGUAGUGUGAACUUAAGAGUGUGACAUCACUUAUUUUCCACAUACUAUUAGUUCUCUGUUAUGUGUAAUUACUCAGACCUUUGAGAGGGUUAGUACAUCUGUGACUGUGUUAUAAUUACUUCAGCAGUGCUGACUCUUAAAUCCUCCACUGUUUGUCAUAUUUUUAUUAUUCAUCCAUUCCAAGUGUUGAUGACACAUUUCCAUUUUUAAUUAGCCUGCAGUGUGUUAUGAUUUACAGAUUUAACAACAUUUGAAAAAUAGAAUUUCUAUUUAACAAGACCAAAUUCACUGUAUGUAGCUUUAUUUAGAGUAUACUGUCAUAUUAACGGUUAAAGUAUUCACCUAUAUCAUGAAUGAAGUAGAAGUAUUAUAUCCUGUAUGCAAUGUGAAACAGAGUGUUCUCAGGAAGAUAUUUUUAACUUGAACUAUGUAAUUUAUUAAUAAUAAUGUCUUCUACACAGAGGGGUUAUGUAAAUUAGAGUGUUUUUCUUUCAGUUUUUCGUUCUGUGAGCACAAACUUCACUGAACUGUCCUCACAGCUGUCGUGACUCCGGAGCAAUCUCAGAGUUUUCUGCUGCCAGCCGAAUCUUCUGAUGCCUCUCGUUCAGUCCGGCUCCUGCCAAGUUAAUGUUGAGUUUGCACAGCGAUCGUCUGUUCAAAGCACUCGCGCACUAUUAUGUAAGACAGAGGCACAAACAUGCUAAUGAUCAACUAGUUUGCUAUCAUAUCACUGCACACACCAAUGAAGCAGUCUUACUGUGUAGCAAAUUAAUACUUAAGCUGAUGAGAUAAAUGAACUACUCUAAUAAAUAACUAUAAAUAGUA